UGUAGUUCACGGUCUGACCACAGAGGGGCAGCACGUGUAAACACAUGUAAUAUUACACAAGCUGUUACCAAACGGUACAAGGCCACUUCUGUAACAUGUAGCAGCCCCUCUUCAUGAGACUCCUGUUUCCCUGAAGCUGCUGUUACACCACUGAGACAACAAUGAAGUCUAUAGCUUGUAUCUCCUCGUCUGUCAGAGCAGCGUGUCUCCACACCUCCUCGUGUUUUCCUCUAAAUCGUGGAUUAUUCUUUAGUAGUACACUGGACAGAUGCCCCCCUGCUAAUACUGGGGUUCGCACUUUUCACAGCACGCACGUAAACACAACAGUGGUCCAGCAGGUCAGUGCAGCCCCUCCCCUCAUGCUUGUUCCUGUACCGAGAAAAGGACACGAUGAACCUUUUGCAAGACGAGUGCCACCUAAACCAGCAGCAAGACCCACACCAGAUCUCUCUCCAUACAGCCCAUACACCAAACCACAGAGCAAUGCAGGUGCACCUGUUAGUAUCCAGUCUCUGUUUGAAGGGGGUGUGAUCCCUGAGCUGUGCUCCAGGCUGGCUGACCUCCCCAGCAAUGACAGGGCAGAGGGCCUGGCUGCUUUGCUGGGUGCGUGUGUGGAGUAUGGCUUAGAGGCCCAAAACCCUCUGGUGCAAAGACUGAUAAAUGAGUGCCAUGAGCUCCUCUCACACAGGGACAUUGGGGUGAGUCAGCUCUGCCACCUGGGUGAGGUGUCGUAUGCCCUGGAAGGACUCAAGUCAGACAUGCUGUCAGAGGUCCUGGACUCUGUAGAUGUUGCCGUAGAAGAGGAUGUUCUCACUCCCACUGAGGCUGUCAGAAUCUACUCCCUGCUUGCUCUGUGUUACGAUCCUGCCAGCCAGCAGCAGAUGUUAAUGCUGUCCACUUUGCACAGAGACGCACAGCGGAUGGUCCACCGGCUUAAAGCAAGACAAGUCAGUGAGAUUCUGAAGUCCCUGCUGAAGUUAGAGCAGAGACAGGCCAUUUCUCUGGUGCUGAGCCUGAGUCACAGAGCGUCCCGGGUCUUUAAAGCUUUUAGUGACAACGACAUCGUAAUGGUCCUCUCUGCACUGAUGGUCCUGGGACAGCAUGACACUGAGCUCCUGGCUGCCAUGGAGAAACACCUACCAGUGAGGCUGGGUAAGUGUAAACCUGAGCUGAUCAGCACCGUCAUGGAGUACUGUCUGCAGAUGAGGUGCCGCUCUGAGCCCAUCUUUGAGGCUGUGGCUGAGAAUUUCGUUCGCCAUGCUGAGAAGCACAGCACCCCUCAGAUAGCCAAACAGAUUGUUGCCAUGGGGAGGCUCAACUAUCUGCCACAGUGCUCCACUCAAAUGUUCAAAAAGCUGGAGAGCAUUCUAUCAACCAGGUUUUCCCAGUUCCAGCCUCGCUCCCUGAUAGAGGUGCUGCACGCCUGCAUCCACCUGGAACGCUUCCCACUCAACUACAUGUCCAAAGUCUUCAGCCCGUACUUCCUGCAGAGGCUGCACGCACAGGGAGAGCCACUGGACAGGAAUGCACUGGGACAACUGACACAGCUCCAUCUCUCCACCUCAUUAGAGUGCACACACUACAGAGGUCCCAGACUGCCGUACUCCCUCCACGUGAAGAAGUUCUCCUCUGUGGACCAGGCCUUUGAGACUCCUAUGGAGAGUUUGUUAUACAGACAGAUCAAAGGGCCACUUAGGCAGCUGCUGGGAGGGAAGUUUUACUCUACCAGAAUCUUUACUCACACCGGAUACACUGUAGAUUUGGAAAUUUGCCUAGAUGAGGAUGGAUAUGUUCUGCCGCUGUCUCAGUGGGAUAGCAUUAAAAGAAGGAUAGCACUGUGUUUGGAUGGCCAGAGCCGUUUCUGCAGCAACACACAACACCUGCUGGGAAAGGAGGGCACUAAAAGGAGGCAUCUCCGCAGGAUGGGCUACGAGGUGGUGCAGAUCCCGUACUUUGAGUUUGAGAGGAUGGGAACUAAUGAGGAGCAGGUUAAAUAUCUUCACAACAAGAUCUUUCCAACCAUCUUCAAGUUCAGUCACUGAUCUUUGGGAUCAUGAGAUGUUCAACCUCCAUACCCCAGCUUAUACGGUUUGAUACGUAUGUAGCUACACAAGUCCAAAAAACUUCCAAUGAACUGUGUGGACAUUUGGUGAAGUGAUGCACAUUUGACAUGUUUAGUAUGAAGAAGAUGUAAUGAGAAGAAAAGUCUUUCUGAAGCUCUAACAGAGUCAUUACAUGUUUUAAAUACUGAUUGAAAGUGCCGCAGUAAGGCUGGAUACCACUUCUAGCUGGUACAUAAGUGCACUGUCUGAUUUGAGUGAGGAGAUUUUCAGUGUUUUUAGCAGCAUUUUUAAUGGACAUGAUUAACGAUUGAUCAUUUGUGGUUCAUUUAAAAAGAAGGUAUACUAUGUAAAUAUUGGAUGGCACAGUGGUUGUUGCUUCAACUUAUGUCCUUUGCCCUGUGGUGCAAUUUUUGCCUUACUUGUUAUUUUAUUUUUGAAAACUGUGACUUGAUUUACUUGACAAGAUGCUUCAAUUCACAAUAAAAUGCACAUGUUGUAACAGA